AGCUUUCUAACCCCUGGACCUACUGGGUUACGACUGAACAUCAACGCGUCCAGUUCUCAAGUCUGCAUCUGGCCCUUACGCCAUUCGGUAUCAUCUUGCGUCGGCGCAUCGCAAACCAUUCAUCUGCUGCUCAAAAGAACCAGAAUCAUUCUCCUUCGACUUAUUGUUACCUAAGGUUCGACAACGAUCAACGGCGACUCGGCCCGGUUAAACGCCUCUUCCAUCCGUUAUCCGUUGCAACGACUCUUGAACAAUCCAUAUUGUUCUAACAGCAGACCGAGGGGCAUUUCACCUCGAAGCGCAAUUCAUAGUAGCAAAGGCACUCAUUAUACAAACGCAUAACAUGUCUGGCGACGGAACCUCAACCCCCGGGGUUGGUGGCAGCAAUGCCAGCGAAUUUGUUCGCAAGCUUUAUCGAAUGCUCGAAGAUCCAGCGCAUCAAGAUGUUGCCAGAUGGGGAAAGGAUGGCGAUACGUUCGUUGUUGUUGAGAAUGAAAAAUUUACACGUUCAAUCCUGCCUAAGCACUUCAAGCACAGCAACAUGGCUAGUUUUGUCCGACAAUUGAACAAGUACGAUUUCCACAAAGUGCGACAAACAAAUGACAGUGGAUCUGCGGCCAAUGGUGCCAAUACACUCGAGUUCAAGCACCCCAAUUUCAGGGUGGGCAGCAAGGACGAUCUUGAUAACAUUCGUCGAAAGGCUCCAGCACCUAGGAGAACGCAAGCCACAGAGGACUUCACAACCAGUCAUCACGUCAGCGUCAUGACUGAACAACUCACAGCUACUCAGCAGCAAGUGCAACAACUCCAGGAGCUUUUCACUGAAGUGUCUCAAACCAAUCGCCUUCUUGUGAACGAGGUUCUGACCCUGCAAAAAAUGCUCAAUGCACAAAAGCAAUCUCAGCAUGAAAUGCUUAAUUUCCUCUCACCUUCAGGCAACCGCCAUCAACAGGGCAUGCACCUCAACGUCGGAACAUCUCCUCUGGAUGGCAGUGACGAUUCGGCACCAGAACUGCGACGGGCUCGUGAGCUUCUGUCUAGCGUGACACCUGAUCAAAUUGCCGACCGAGAGCUGGAACGUCUCCAGGGCGUUUAUGGAUCUCCGGCAGACUCCGCUGUUGUUAUCCCACAAGCCUCAAUGCCUAUGAUGCAUGAUCCAAUGAACGACAUCAACCGCUACCCCGUGUACCCGGUGGGUCAAACCGUCGGCAUCGACCCUUUCCACUCAGAUCACAUCCACAAAAUCCCUUAUGCGAUGCCGAAUGAGUCCAGCGCCAACGCCAUGCAGGAGGUUCCUGCUCCCCAGCCCAUCAACAUCCAAACACACUCAAACUCUAACUCGUCGACCAACUCAGCCCUUACUUGGGCAUCACGAAAACCCAGGAUUUUCCUCGUUGAAGAUGAUCCAACUUGUGCCAAGAUUGGCAUCAAGUUUCUCAAGUCGAUGGGUUGUGAAGUCGAGCAUGCUCAAAAUGGAGCAGACGCAUAUAGCCGUAUUACGAGUGUCGCCCGUGACCAUUUCGACAUGAUCUUCAUGGACAUCAUAAUGCCCAAGCUGGAUGGUGUCUCGACAACUAUGUAUAUCCGGCAAGACUGCCCUGCCAUUCCCAUUGUUGCUAUGACGUCGAAUAUCCGAUCUGACGAGGUCCACUGCUACUUUGAACACGGGAUGAACGGAGUUCUGGCUAAGCCAUUCACCAAGAGCGGAAUGCAGAAGAUCGUCGAAAAUCACUUGAGCUAUCUCCUCAAGGGUUAUGACCCUUCGACUCAACAAGAGUCAGGCUCAGGAUAUGUAGUUGGCGGCGCCGGUUACAUGAACCCGCCGAGCAACCUGAACACUCCCGGCGGAACAACGUUCAAGUUCGAGACAACGCCCACGCCGCCAGCGACUGGCGCCACUUGGUCCCCGGGACAGAUGCCGCAGCAGUCUCCCAUGACCGCAGGGAUGGACCAGGGCUAUGGCAUGGUAAAUGGCGCAAACCAGUACGGCUUGACGCCUACCAGCGCGAGCCGAGCUAGUUUCCCAACAAGCAUCUCACAAACCAGCCAAGGGCGAAUGGAUGGUCAAAGCCCACCAGAAAAGCGCCAGCGCACCUAUGUUUGAGCCAUCGAUAUAGUUAGCGCUUGCCCUUUGAUCUGUGCCUGAUGUACACGUGACGCUACAUCAUGAGGAGUAUGGCGUUCGGAGCGAGACAGUAUGGGUAUUCUGACACUGAUAGCUUCUUGUGUUGGCCAUCUUGGAAGAAAGAUUUUCUUGUCGUAUAUUUUGCAUUUAUGAUCGGGGAGACGCAUUGAGCCCGGAUCCCUUGACGAACGAAGGCAUCUAGCAAAGAUACAGAAAGCGAGCAGGACAACGAGGUAGUUGGGCCUAGCUUUGGCAGAAACGGCGCGUUCGUGGAUUUGUUUCCGGAGUGUUUG